AUGUGUGGAAGAAGGCGUCCCCUGGUUGCUGCUGCUGCGGCUCCUGAGCGUGCCGAGCCCGACAACCGUGCUGAACGGGGCCUGAGCGUGUCGUCGUCACAGCCAGCUCCAGCAUGGGUGAACGCCCGGUGCCGUGACGACCAAACUGCGGGGGCAGCGUCACAGAGGCCUCCGGAGUCCUCGGAGCCCACGCGCAGUGGUGCCACAGUGACUCCUCCCGCCCCCGUGGUGGAAGCAGUCAGUACUGCUCCGCCCUCUUCAACGGCCCUGCAGACAGCAGUCCCGCAGGGCCCUAAGAUCAAGCGCACUCCAAGGCCUGAGACACGUGUCUCGGCGCCAAACUCUCGGUCCUCCAGCGCCUCAGAGAGAGCAAUGGAGGUCGAAACAAAAGCCCCGGUGUCCUCGACACCAAAGGACAAGCGCUCUCUCGAGCGCGGAAAGAGGGACAGAAUCCCAAUAACAACUCUAAAUAAGAAGGCGAUAACCUAA